AUGUGGACCAACGUUUGUGAAGGAGAGGGGAAUCAUUUUAAAAGUGCUCAUUCUUGUUUCAGAAUGUAUUUAACGGCAUCACCAUUACUUUUUUCAAGUAUUUACGUCUUGUUUGUUAUACGGAACAUAUUAUGCGAGGAGAGGAUAAAAGUAGGACCUGGAGCAGAUAAAGAGAAGAAAAUUAAUCCAUAUAUUACAAAGUUUCACCAGGGAGCUAAUUUAAGACCCACAAAAUGCCAAGGUAAGCAAUGUUGUACGUCUUAAACAAGAUUGUAAAAUUAAACUCAGGUAAAAAAUAUGACGAACAAAACUUGAUUGCUACAAUUAACUGAUUUUAGCCGUUAUUACUGUGGUAAUAACUACAGUACAUCUUAGUACCUCAUAUCGGUUAAAGUUGUGUGACAAUUUCAAAAUAAGUCCGUUUUUAAACAAAAUCUUUGACUGAAUUGUUUCUCAAGUUAAAUUUAAAAAAAAAAUUAAAAUUAAGCCACACGUAAUUCUCUUAGUUUUCUGUAGAGAACAUUUUACCGCAUGGUUACAUUCAACUAGGAUCUGAAAAGCUUGUGAGGUCUUUCUAUCAGUAUCAGAUUUGAACGACUCUCACAUCGCAUAAUUAUCGUCGUUAAACUCUUUUAAAGCUCUGGUUUGUAGCUUUUAAUAGUAUGGUUUACUUUUCAAAGACCGUUUUCACAAAAUUAACCUUAGUUUAAAAUCUAGCUACAUCAACUUGCUAUAAACAGGUUUUGAAUUGACACAUGAAAAGUAAAAGAACUUUAAGGAUACCGUAAAUUGCCGCUCAUAAGCCCUUCCUCCUCUCCACUUAUAAGCCGCCCUGGUUAUAGGCCCAUCUACCUGAAAACAGAAAAUUCGUCCGGUCAUAAAUCCUCCCCCUCACAUGUCUUCUUUUAGCUUUUCUUGUUUACUCUGAGAACUCUCUGUGACAUCAAACAGUAAAUUUUAAAAAUUGUUACGGAACAAUGAGGUCAUUACUUAUUUUUGAUUGUGAAAGACGAACUGCGAGGGAAAAGUACGUCUGAACUUCCGUUUUGUUAUUUUCCAGUUGGUUUUAAUUCUUUUCUAAAUGUAGUAAAAAGUAUUGGAUUUACUGUGACAUAUUGAAGCCUGAUUAAAAACCAAUGAAAACAAACACAUUUUGAUCAGCAUUUCUAUAGCUCGUUCCGAAGCGCUUUUUCUAUUCCUAUCAUAAGUCCCCCGCACGUAAGCCCCUCUGUUUAUUAUCCCACCUAUGAACCCUUACGAAGUUGUAUGAGCCCACGGAUUAUAAGCGGCAGCUUACGGUAUUAAAUAAACAUAUCUGUUUUGUUUCAGUGUGUCGACUUCUUGUUACCGAGUUUCUAGAGCAAAUGAAGAAAACGAAUCGUCGGGAAGAUGUACCUCGAGGAUAUUUACUUGAAGAUCUAGACAAUCAGGAGAAAAGUAUCCAUUAUGAAAAAUCGUGAGUUCUUUCUACCACGCACAAAACCCCAACCCCUUUAACUCCUUAGUGUGAUUCGUAUGUAAAUUCUCCCUAGCAUGACAAUACGUUAUUCUGCAAACAGUUGAUGAGAGUAGACAACUUUUAUCCGCUGAAAGAUUUAACCCUCAUAGAACACGAAUUCUCUCAAAUUAGUGACGGGGAAAUGUUCACCAGCUUGGGGGGAGAUAUGAGAAUCAUAUCAACUGAAGGGUUCAAUGCGCUACCACCCUGUUCGUGCAUCUCGACAAUAUUAGCAUAAUAUAACAUGUCCAAGUUGGCUGUUUCCAACCCGUGUCACCUGACCACAGAUAUCUUAUCACGUGUAUUUCAUCCUUUAAGGGAACUUCGUCUCUUGGACGUCCUGGACAAUUUGUGCGAGAGAAUGAAACUUUACCGCGCUAGGCCUGGUCCUGAAUUUCCUUACAUCAAAGGAGGUUUGUGACCCAGUUAUUUCAUCCGAACAAAAUUGCAUAGAUACUUUGUACAGUAUUUAGAAAAGAAAUUUGACGAGAACCUUAAAAGGGGCAUGCAUGUUUUAUAGAUUCUAUCACUGUCAAUAAAACUUUAUGUUAGACUAUUGGAGGUCAUUUGUGAUCUACUAUAGUAACUGAUCAAACACACGAUAACACGGAAUCUAAUUAUUAAUUAGACAAUCGGACCUGUAAAUUCUAUCAUUACGAGCGAUGAAGCUGUCAGGGUUAGACUUGCAGUUGGAAUAAGGCAUAAUAAUUCUUUUUUAUUUUUCAGCUAAAAGUCAACUUCGAGAAGUUUUGGAAGAUAUGCAAGAGAAAUCAAAAGUUAAACUUAACUACGAGCUACCGCAUGAAGUCGUAGAAGACUACACUUAUGAAAUGGGGAGACUCAAAUUCAAGGUAAAUAAGUUUCGCCUCCAUCUAUUCAACCCUUUCUGCCUUUCCACCCAGGCUAAAAUUCUUAUUACUCAAAUAAAGGCCGUUUUUCAAAUGGCAAAACUUGCCAGUCAAACCGCUCUAUCCACACACUGAGCGCAGAAAGUGUUUCAAACGGACGAAGUGGGUUCAGGUCGAAACAGUCUGUUUUUUCUUGAGUAUUCGCAGAGCGUAUUAGCGUUUUGAAUGCCCAAUGAAGAAUAUAUGGCGUGUUUAAUCUUCAAUCAUUUCUGGCAUUUGGAACACGCAGAGGACACAUCUCACUGGCCCUCGGGCACAAGAAGUAGUCUUUCGUUAUCUAUUGACAUCAGCGAGGAAGGGCUUUCUUAGCUGAGCCGGACGGCCUGAUAAAUGUGAUUAAUUGCGCCAUGACGCCAUCAUUCAUAUUAAGAAACUUGUAAAAGUACAAGCUCGAAAGAAAAGCAGCGACUGGCUCAGGUUCGAGCAGUGUGCAAGUAUCAUCGUUAUCAUCAUUAUCGCCAUCAUUACUUCUAUCCUCAUCGUAAUUACAGUAGAACUCCGCUUGCUCAAACUCCGCUAGCUCGAACUCCUAAGGAGAUUUGUUUGAUUUAGGAGGGGGGAAGGGGGUCGGGUUAUUGGGAUUGAUGUUGUAUUUCAAUUAUCCUGUUAAUUAUAAAAAAGGAAUAUUUUUUUACCAUUUUUACCCAAUCAAAAGCCGUUUUCAAACACUGAGUUUAUCUCAUAAAGGAUUCUAUUCAAGAACCUAUCGUUUGGGAGAUUUAUCUAAAUGUGUUACGUUUUCAUAAAUGCAAGUUAUCACUUCCAUAUCAAUCGCGAUUAAAGAAUGGAACGUUCAAUCGGCACUAUUUUGACAUUUUUACAUUUAUCGAACGACGUUUUUAGUUCAAGUUCAGUUAUCAGGGUAAAUAUGAGCCAAGGAAAGUAAAAUUAGGAAGUUCCAGUUCACUGAGUUCGAGUUAGCUGAUAAUAAAUGAAUGAAAAAAAUGGGAUCAAGUCCAAGGGACUAUCAGCAUUAUCAUUAUCAUUUUAACAAUUAUUUUUGAUUAAAUAUUCUCUGAUGCCCUUUGUUUCUCAGUGUAUUCAUAUGUUGGAAAGCCAUGAGGAUGAUAUAACGCAGUGGUACUUAAGUAGUCAAAAGGAAAAUCUAAUGGACUGGCUGUGUGUAGAACGAAUUCUAGACGAAAAUGAACAAGGUACG